ACAAAUGUGCGGUACAACAUUCCUGUGUCCUCUGCCUCACUCUCAGCAAUCAAGAGCUUGGGCCUCAGGGGCAUUUCAUGCAUCAGCUUGACCAACCUGGAUGGCUCACCAGCUUCGCACCAGGUACUGCAGUCUGUUGCUUACCACUUAGGCCCACACCUGGAGAGUUUAUGCCUGGGAGGGGGCAGCCCCACAGAGGCAUCCUUCUUGGCCUUGAUCCUGGGAUGUCCAGCCCUGCGCACCCUUGACCUCAGUGGCUGCAACAGUCUCUUCACAUCAGGCACUCUGCUGGCUCAGCCUGAGACAGCACGGUGUGUUCGGAAGGCAUUGAGUGGCCUUCGUGAUCUUAACCUGGCUAGCCUACGUAACCUGACUGACCUUAGCUUCAACCAUCUCAGCGGUUGUUUCCCCAGCCUGGAGCGCCUCUCCUUGGCCUACUGCCAUCUUACCUUUGAGUUAGGCCCAACCUGGGGCUCCAUUAGCCCCCAGGCGUCCUCUCCCUCCCAGCUUUCCUUCCACAACCUGCUCCAGUUUGUCAAAGAGCGAGCUGGUAGGCUGCGUGCCCUAGACCUCAGUGGUACUGGCUUGCCACCUGAGGCCCUACAAGCCCUGGGCCAAGUGACUGGACUGCAGCUGGAGGAACUGAGCUUGCAUAGCUGUAGAGACCUCUCCUCAGAGGCCGUGGCCACCCUAUGCCGCCAGCAGCCUGGCCUUACCUCCCUGGAUCUCAGUGGUUGCUCAGAACUGACUGACGGGGCACUCUUGGCUGUGAGUCGAGGCCUGCGACACCUGCGGCACUUGAGUCUGAGGAAACUGCAGCGACUGACUGAUGCAGGUUGUACAGCCCUGGGAGCCCUGCACAAACUGCAGAGCCUGGACAUGGCUGAGUGCUGUCUGGUGAGCGGGCGGGAAUUGGCAAAGGUCUUAGGCUCAGUUCACAGAGCUCCACCGGCACUGACUUCCCUCAGGCUGGCUUACUGCUCUUCACUGAAGGUGAGUUACUUUCCCUCCCUUCCUGUCCAGGGGACCUGGGGGAGCUGGGCCUGUGGCCUCAGGGACAGUCUAACCAGGGUUUGUGUCCCAGGAUAGUCAUUAGAAAUACAUUUAGGAUGUGGUCUGGAAGAGAACAACUUAGAUAAUAUGGCAGAACAAGACUUUACUGCCCUCUCUGGCCUGUUUCAUGAGUGAUCCCACACUGUAUGUGAGUUCUAGAGGGAGGAAGUCGAGAGAAAAGGAGUGAUAGAAAACCGUGACAGAGGUGGUAACACACGCCUUUACUCCCAGCACUCGGGAGGCAAAGGCAGGCGGGUCUCUGUGAGUUAGAGGCCAGCCUGGUCUAUAAAGCGAAUUCCAGGAUAGUCAGGGAUACACAGAGAAACCCUAUCUGGAAAAAAGGCCAAAAAAAAUGUUUUAUAUUGCACUGAAGAAGAUAUUCAGUAGGCGGGGCCUUGGGAUGGAUCACUUGGGAGCUGUAAGGUUAACUGUUAGCUGAAGUCAGGUCCUUCACAGAACUCAGCAUUGUCCAUAUGGGUGGCAUUCCUGUCUGAAAAAUGUCAGCUGGGGGGUUGUUAUCCCUUUAACCUUUUACUAUGACAAGAGCAUUCCAGACCUAAAACCUGUCUCACCCUCAUUUCAUGGCAAGCACUCUGCCUAACAGUUCCUUGGCCAUUAGUGUCCCUUAGCUGUUCUACCAGGCCUCGUGUUCUCAUGCCCACCCAGCUCUCUCUGAAUCUACACAGAUUUUCUGCUCUGCUUUUAGCUCCUGCUGCCCCCAGCUUCUCGUGGUGGUGGCAGCCCUAAUGCUUCAGGUCCUAAAUCUAUCAGAAGCACCUCUGAUUGGUUCAGUUGUCCUGGUCCGGUGGGCUGUGGUCAGUGUUGCCUCAGCCCAUGCUUCCGACAUCACAGGCACAGCAGCUGCCUUAGAGAAACCUGUCUACACCCUUCCGUGUGCACACAUAGUCGUGAGCUGCCUUAGAGAAACCUGUCUACACCCUUCCGUGUGCCACACGUAGGUGUGGCCUUGUGUCUUUCUACACCCUUCCGUGUGCCACACGUAGUCGUGAGCUGCCUUAGA